AUGAGCUACGAGGAACUGAAUUUGUACAUGGGUGUAGGAAUUUUGAAGGCUGGAGCGGCUGUAAAAGUUGACAGUCUUGUCUUCGUAAUUCUUCACUUCACCUCGCUUUCCGAUGCCGGGAUUUCAAGCUACUGGAACUUCAGUGGUAUAGAAGUUACGCCAUCCAAGCUCAUUCCAAAAUAUACUGCGUUGCGAAAAUGGGCUGGUUGA